AUGACCGACCACGACACCAAGGAGACGAAAGGCUUCUGGGGCGCCCUGUUCCGGAGCAAAAGCCUUGCGCGAAAGACGGCCAAAACAGACCCUGAACCCCGAAGAGUCAGCGAGGGCGAGGCGAGACCGCGCAGGCGCCGCUCGUCGCCACCUGAUCGCCGCCGUGACUCUGACCGCGACUCACCACCGAGCAGCACGUCCCGCGAUCGCCCCCGCCGUUCCGGCUCCGGCGCCAAGAGCCGGGACCGUGAUGCUUACCGCAAUGACAGCCUCCGACAAAGGCCACCACUGACCUCCUGGCCCCCUUCCAACUUGGGCAGCCGGGAGGAACUGAAACUCGGGCACGCCAUGGAGCUCAUCUCACGAGGCGUGCCCGCACACAAGGGCCACAAACGACUCAUCCCCCAUGCCUCAGACCACUACUUCGCGCUGUAUACCACAUCUGCUGGGAAUCACGGUGACGAGACUGACACUGCAAAUCCGCACGAUUCCAUGACCCAGUUCAUGACUUUGCGCAUUCAGGGGUCAGGGUCUGGCCGCUCCGAUCCCGCGGCGUAUCCCUGGGAUACUCUCGAACAGCCUUCCUAUGCGUUUUAUUUUGGCCGGCUCCCUGGCACCGUCACCCUCAACCAGUGGGCCUCCUCGUCGAGUAACCUCCCUCCUACAAUUGCAUUGCGCGACUCGGGUAUACAGCCUCGCAACGUCGAUCUGCCUACCAUCUUCGCACGUCUGAAGGAACUUGAGUCCUCGCGCAGCAUCGACGACAACGAAGAGCGCAUGUAUCGCAGUCUCUAUCGCCGCUUCCUUCGCGAUCCAGAUCGGAACACUCCGAACCCACACCGCACCCUCGACCGCCAGAUCACCGAUCUCAUCAUGGUGCUCUCCCGCCCCUUGCACUGGACUGACUUCUCCGAUCCACGUCACCAGGUCGCCGCUCGCUUCAUCUUUGACACGGAUCCCGCUAAUGCCGACCGCCACCUGCGCUUCUGCCACCAGCUGCUACUCGCUCUCGAGCUUGAGGUCCGCAUCCAGGCCCGCUCUCACGGCGAGUGGGCCAAGGAGAAGCUGCUAACACAGCUGCCACCCAAGAUACGGUGGGAUCUUGCUCUCGCCAAGCGCUGGCGCGAGAACGUUCGUGUUGAGUCAUGGGGCCGUAACGCGACUGAAAUUCGACUCCGCUACAAGCUGCGCCGGCGACAAAUGCGCAUGCUCAAGCGUUUUGCCCAGAUCAUGAAGUGGCCCAACCUUGCCGAAACGAUGGACCAUAUGCGACGUCGCGACGCCGACGACACACUCGACCUCAUCUCAUCCGAUGCUCUUGCGUUCUUCAGCGGUUUCAUCCUGCCCGGCGCAACCUUUCCCUUCCUCAUCAUGAACACCUUGAUUGAUGUCGAUCCUGACCAGACUACGGACGCGCUGGCGCUUUUGACGCACCUGCACCCGGCCUGUGGCUUCCAGCAUCGCUCGUCCUAUACGUACUGGUCGGCCUCGUGCAUCGUUGGCAAGGUCCUGGCGCCCACAUGCCACGCGCUUGCCGGUUGGGUAGGCCCCGCGCGCCCCUCGCCAGACCUUGCACGCAGUCAGAUUGCGCGCGUGCGCUCCCGCAAGCCGACAAAGCAGCGCCUCGCGCCGGAGGACAUGACCUCGAUGAGUGAAAGGUCCGACCCGCUUGGCCCCCCGGCCGAGGUCUUCCCGGUGAGCGAGUACAAGCUUGUAUCGCCAUCGCACCAAGACAAACUGCCCGACCACAACUGUGUGCGUAUAGAGGUACUGGGUUUCAAGCCGGUAGCGGGCGCUCGGGGCGCCGUAGCCGAUGACGGCCCCGCGUGGCACGAUGCGACGGUGCAGUUUGCCAUUGACGGCAUCUCAUGGCCGUUGCGGCUCACCUUUGACGUAUCGUUCGUCUCGGCGUGGCCGUGUUCUGGGGGGCCGCACCCUCUUUUCUUCGACUACGUUUUCGAGACGGUGCGCGUGGACCGCAUCGUCGAGGUGAGAGACUGGGGUGGCUUGUAUUAUGGCGGACGCGUCGGGAGCCGCGCGCAGGGCCCCGGGAGCGGGAGCAGCGAAUCCAGCGCCGCGGCGCAGCAGUCUGAAGAGGGCGAGAAGGUGCUCGUCAUUGAAGCGUUUGGGGUCCCGGACAACGAGGUGCUUGCGAGGGCCUGGUGCAGUCACUGGGGGCUGGGGGCUGUUGUCGCGGAUGUGGCCAAGACGUGCGUCGGGUGCGCGGUGCGUGAGGCGUACGCGGCGACGCUGACGGUCGUCAUUUUGGUGGACGGGCGGCUGAACGAGGAAGAGGAGUGA